AUGACGGAUCCAAAUCUAGAGUUACAAGAAUCCGGUUGGGAAGAGCUAAGAAGAGAAGCAAGAAAGAUCGAAGGAGAUCUCGAUGUCAAACUCUCUUCUUAUGCUAAACUUGGCGCUCGAUUCACUCAAGGAGGAGGAGGUUAUGUCGAAACUGGUUCGCCAACAGUUGGAUCCAGUAGGUCAUGGAAAUCUAUGGAAAUGGAAAUUCAAUCGUCACUUGAGAAGUUACUAGAUAUAAAUGAUUCUAUGAGUAGAUGUGCUGCAUCUGCAGCACCAACUACUUCAGUCACUCAAAAGCUAGCAAGGCAUAGAGAUAUACUUCAUGAGUUUACGCAGGAGUUUAGACGAAUCAAGGGAAACAUAAACUCUAUGAGGGAACAUGCAGAGCUUCUGAGUUCAGUCAGAGAUGAUAUUAGUGAGUACAAGGCAUCUGGUAGUAUGUCUCCAAGAGUGCAGUUACUACGAGAAAGAGCUGCUAUCCAUGGAAGCAUAUCUCAUAUAGAUGAUGUCAUCAAUCAAGCUCAAACGACCAGGGCUGUUUUGGGUUCUCAAAGGGGUUUUUUUGGAGAUGUCCAAGGAAAAGUGAAGCUUCUAAGUGACAAAUUUCCAAUUAUUCGUGGCCUUCUUGGUUCUAUCAGAAGGCGGCGAUCAAGAGACACUCUCAUUCUGUCUGCUACAAUUCAAAGCUCAGCUCCCAACGUGUAUCCAUGUUCCAACCAUGGGACACUGAGAUUUAGGAGUUCGAACCCUGAGGAGAGGAGCAGGUGA